UUCUCUAGAGUGUAGGUAGGGCCAUUGAAUUUCAUUGCAAUAGCAAGUAUUGUCCAUGGAGGUCCGUGGUUGUUUAGGUGACACAUGAAUGAACAAGAUCAUGAGCUUCAACAAUAUUCUUAGAACCACACCUCUCUCUCUUUCUUCUUCCAACACCAAACCGAUUAUCUCCCACCUCCUUCAACCCCUUCAUUCUCCUCCCACCUCUCUCUUCAGACUUCUCCCAUCCAAAACCGUUACUCCUGCCUUUUCAAUUCACCAGCAACAGAGGCGCCGUUUGCGUGCUGGGGUUGUUGCCAUGGCUUCACAUGCGCCUGGGUCGGUCCAGAAAUCGGAAGAAGAGUGGCGCGCCAUUCUCUCCCCUGAACAGUUUCGGAUCCUCAGGCAAAAGGGCACCGAGUAUCCUGGAACAGGAGAAUAUGACAAGUUCUUUGGCGAGGGAGUGUACAACUGCGCAGGUUGCGGGACUCCUCUCUACAAAUCCACUACAAAAUUCAAUUCUGGUUGCGGUUGGCCAGCUUUCUUUGAGGGCCUUCCUGGAGCCAUAAACCGCACUCCGGACCCUGAUGGAAGGAGGAUUGAAAUAACAUGCGCUGCUUGUGGAGGGCAUCUUGGUCACGUCUUUAAAGGCGAAGGAUUUCCAACACCCACCGAUGAACGCCAUUGUGUCAACAGCAUUUCACUGAAGUUUGUGCCUGCUAAUUCUUAGUCUUUGUAAUGAACUCUACUAUGUGGAAUUAUGGAUAUGCUGGAAUAAUUAUGUCACUGAAAUGAAGACGGAUAAUGGAGUGGUAACCUGUGUUUCCCAUGCUGUAAUGGUACUGGAUUCUUGUAUUGCUAUUAUGUGAUUGUAGUAUGGAUCCUGAGUUUAUGUUCAAUAUAAGAAAGUUCUGAUGCUAAGACUAAGAAUGUUGUAAUAUUGUGCUGUAUGAAUUGUGUGUAUGGAAUUGCUAA